CCUCCCCCAAUUACCGUACCGCUGACCACCAACAAACCAACCCGCAAAUAUGAUAACACGAUACCUAUCAACCGUGAGCAUUGCCUUCAACCCCUUUUCCAGAGCCGGCCGCACGGCGCGCAUAUUCAUGGCCCUGCUGGGCCCCGACGCGUACAUCACUAUGAAGAUCAAGACUACCGUGCUCAGCAGGGAUAGUGAGGUUGGGGGGAGGAUUGAGGUUGGGUUUAAAGAUGGGAAGGAGGUUAAGAUGGAUACCUCGAAAAUGACGAUCGCGGACAUUGUGGAGGAAGUGGAUCGGCAUUCGAGGGUCUUGAAGCGGGUAGAUGAUUUGGCGGGAUAGGGGUUUGGUGUGAGGUGGGUUGUAAGAUAUAUCAUAUUAUGGACUUGGGUUGGAGUUUACUGGUGUCGAGGUUCUUUGCUAUUGGGACAGAGCCCGAAGACAGAGCGCCGGACGAGAGUUAUGUCGGGACAAUUGGACAUGGGAGAAAAUUUCUACAAAAAAGCUCGGGGCAGGAUAUUCCAAAGCAGCAUUAAUGAUACACGAAUCCCCUUCCCUUCGA